AUCACCGGUGCUGUUUUCACACGGGGUGUGCUCCGGCUCCAGCGGAAGAACACUAACCCCCCCCCUUUCGAAAAAAAAGACCAGAAAACACCGGAGAACCGGGACAGUGCGGCUUCUUAGUUUUGCCGGCUUUGCUUCAAGUCGGGAGCAGCGCGCGAGACUGGCAUCCUCAAAGCAGACAGGCACUGCCCUGCUCUUUCUAAAAAAAUGUGUUUCUUUUUCAUUUCGUAAUUUAUUUCAGUUCGCUUUUUGGUCUUGUUAGAAGCCAUCGUUUUUUUUACGAUUUUAUUUUCCAAACUAAAAAACUAAGCCGGUGGUCUCCUUAGCAUGAGCUCAUAGAAAUAUAUAAAAUAUAUAGAAAACUUCUUUACCUCGUUAUUUCUCUGUAGUCUUUUCUAUUAAAAACAAACAAAAAACAAUCCUAAAGAUCCUAAAGGGCUGACAUUUCCAUUCUCUAUCUGCUGAAGAGAGCCUGAGACUGACUGCGCAACCAUGGGGUAUGGGCGAUCAGACAGCUACCGCGUGGCUACCACGCAGGACAAAGAUGAUAAGGUCACCCCGAACAAGAAGAAGCAAGCGGCAAAAGAUCUGGAUGAUCUGAAGAAGGAAGUGCCUCUGACAGAACACAAGAUGUCAGUAGAAGAAGUAUGCCGGAAAUUCCAGACAGACAUUGUUCAGGGUCUGACUAAUGCCAAGGCGGCUGAGUUUCUUUUGCGGGACGGUCCGAACGCACUCACUCCUCCCCCAACCACGCCCGAGUGGGUGAAGUUCUGCAGGCAACUCUUCGGAGGCUUCUCCAUCCUGCUGUGGAUUGGCGCUAUCCUCUGCUUUUUGGCCUACGCCAUCCAGGCUGCCACCGAGGACGACCCUGCAGGGGACAAUUUGUAUCUCGGAAUUGUGCUGUCAGCUGUAGUCAUCAUCACCGGCUGCUUCUCCUACUUCCAGGAGGCCAAGAGCUCCAAGAUUAUGGAGUCUUUUAAGAACAUGGUGCCACAGCAAGCCUUGGUGAUCCGUGAAGGAGAGAAGAUGCAAAUUAACGCAGAGGAAGUCGUGGCUGGAGAUCUCGUGGAGGUGAAAGGGGGGGACAGAAUCCCUGCUGACCUCAGAGUGAUAUCCUCUCAUGGCUGCAAGGUGGAUAACUCUUCUCUAACUGGAGAAUCAGAGCCACAGACUCGAUCACCCGACUGUACCCAUGACAAUCCUCUGGAAACCCGCAACAUCGCCUUCUUCUCCACCAACUGCGUAGAGGGCACUGCCCGUGGAAUCGUUGUGUGCACCGGUGAUCGUACAGUGAUGGGCCGCAUCGCCACUCUGACCUCAGGGCUGGAAACCGGAAAGACUCCCAUUGCCAAGGAGAUCGAGCAUUUCAUCCACAUAAUUACAGGAGUGGCUGUCUUUCUGGGACUCUCCUUCUUCAUCCUGUCCAUCGUUUUGGGCUACAGCUGGCUGGAGGCUGUCAUCUUCCUCAUUGGUAUCAUUGUUGCCAAUGUGCCUGAAGGACUGCUGGCUACUGUCACUGUGUGUCUGACCCUGACAGCCAAGCGCAUGGCUCGGAAAAAUUGCCUGGUGAAAAAUCUGGAGGCUGUGGAGACUCUGGGCUCCACAUCCACCAUUUGCUCAGAUAAAACAGGAACACUGACGCAGAACCGCAUGACCGUAGCUCACAUGUGGUUUGACAACCAGAUCCACGAGGCUGACACUACUGAGGACCAAUCUGGUGCUUCCUUCGAUAAAUCCUCGGUGACAUGGGUGUCUCUGGCUCGUGUUGCGGCUCUGUGUAACAGGGCAGUGUUUAAAGGAGGCCAAGACGCUUUACCAAUCCUGAAGAAGGAUGUGGCCGGUGAUGCCUCAGAAUCUGCCCUGCUCAAGUGCAUCGAGCUGUCCUGUGGGUCUGUCAGACUGAUGAGAGAUAAGAACAAGAAAGUAGCUGAGAUCCCAUUCAACUCCACCAACAAAUAUCAGCUGUCCAUCCAUGAGACUGAAGAUCCCAAUGAUAACCGCUACCUGCUGGUGAUGAAGGGAGCUCCAGAGCGCAUACUGGACCGCUGUUCCACCAUCAUGAUACAGGGCAAGGAGCAACCCAUGGAUGAGGAGUUGAAGGAGGCCUUCCAGAAUGCCUAUCUAGAACUGGGAGGACUGGGAGAGAGAGUGCUGGGAUUCUGCCACCUCUUAAUGCCUGAGGAUCAAUACCCUAAAGGUUUUGCCUUCGACACAGAUGAUGUUAACUUCCAGACAGACAACAUGUGCUUUGUGGGCCUGAUGUCCAUGAUCGACCCUCCCCGUGCCGCUGUGCCCGACGCAGUGGGCAAGUGCCGUUCGGCUGGCAUCAAGGUCAUAAUGGUGACUGGAGACCAUCCCAUCACAGCCAAGGCCAUCGCCAAGGGAGUGGGCAUCAUCUCAGAGGGCACAGAGACAGUAGAGGACAUUGCCGCUCGUCUCAAUAUUCCAGUCAACCAGGUCAACCCCAGGGAUGCCAAAGCCUGUGUAAUCCAUGGGACAGAACUGAAGGACAUGUCUCAAGAGCAAAUAGAUGAUAUUCUGCGCAAUCAUACUGAAAUUGUUUUUGCCAGGACCUCUCCUCAGCAAAAGCUCAUUAUUGUGGAGGGCUGUCAGCGACAGGGAGCUAUUGUAGCUGUAACUGGUGAUGGCGUAAAUGACUCUCCUGCUUUGAAAAAAGCCGAUAUCGGUGUUGCCAUGGGGAUUGCUGGGUCGGAUGUGUCCAAGCAGGCUGCUGACAUGAUCCUUCUGGAUGACAAUUUUGCUUCCAUUGUUACAGGAGUAGAAGAGGGUCGCCUGAUUUUCGACAACUUGAAGAAAUCUAUUGCUUACACUUUGACCAGCAACAUCCCAGAGAUCACCCCCUUCCUUUUUUUUAUUAUCGUCAACAUCCCAUUGCCCCUGGGUACUAUCACGAUUCUCUGCAUCGACCUAGGCACUGACAUGGUCCCUGCUAUCUCUCUGGCCUAUGAGGCAGCUGAGAGUGACAUCAUGAAGAGGCAGCCAAGGAACCCACUGAGGGACAAACUGGUCAACGAGCGCCUCAUUAGCAUUGCUUACGGACAAAUUGGCAUGAUCCAAGCCUUGGGAGGUUUCUUUGCCUACUUUGUAAUUAUGGCCGAAAAUGGUUUCCUUCCAUCUUUUCUGGUGGGCAUCAGGCUCUCCUGGGAUGACCGCAGCGUCAACGACCUGGAGGACAGCUAUGGACAGCAGUGGACCUACGAGCAGAGAAAGAUUGUCGAGUUCACGUGCCACACAGCGUUCUUUGUCAGUAUAGUGGUUGUGCAGUGGGCUGAUCUUAUCAUCUGCAAGACCAGACGUAACUCUGUGUUCCAACAGGGAAUGAGGAAUAAGAUUCUGAUCUUCGGCCUGUUCGAGGAGACAGCUCUAGCAGCAUUCCUGUCCUACUCCCCAGGCAUGGACGUUGCACUCAGGAUGUACCCAUUAAAACCUUCCUGGUGGUUCUGCGCAUUCCCGUACAGUUUCCUCAUCUUCGUGUAUGACGAGAUCCGAAAGCUUCUCUUGCGCCGAAACCCUGGAGGUUGGGUGGAAAGAGAGACAUACUAUUGAUCGAUGAAUUCCUUCUUUACUCACGCCCCUACAUCUUCCAUGUUUCUUCUACUCCUUAUCCUUCUAUUCCUGUUCAAAGCGCACAACCAUUCCCCCAGACCCUCAGCCUCCCGCCCCAUUCAGAGAGACCGACGCUUAAAGCCGACACCAUGCCUGCCCCCAAAGAGAAAACUACACCCAAGUCCCUGCGCUGCUCCCAUCAGCCCUAAUAUUACUCUUUGCAUGACUUUUCACGGGUGUGCACAUAAAGUCUGUUAUAUAUCUACCGAUGGCAGCUUCAUAAUCAUUAAGUAGAUCCGAGAGGUGCUUUCAGUGCUAAUCAGGAGUGUGUGUGGGUGCGUGUGUGGGUGCGUGUGUGGGUGCGUGUGUGUGUGUGUGUGUGUGUGUGUGUGUGUGUGUGUGUGUGUGUGUGUGUGUAUGCUCCGCUAACAAAGGGCCCAGCUCUCUGCUUCUUCCUCACAUCCACCUGCCUCCUCUUCUGACUCCUUCUCCAUGUCUUUCUACUCCUGUGUACUCCUCCCGUCCCUUUCCGCCUGUCCUCCAAUCACACACGGGUCACAUGACUUGCGACGGGACCCCACCUCGCUGACACCGAUACACUCUGGUCAAUUCCUCCUACUGACCCAUGUCGUCUGAGAGAAGACGCAUUCACGCUAUUCCUUUUCUUCUCUCAUGCUAAUUAUUAUAUAUUUUUUGGGGUUUUAGUUUUUUGCGCAUUGUAGUUUGCUGUGAUGUUACUUUGAAACGAAAGCCGGCACAUUCCCAGACAUUGUUUUGAUUAGAUCAUUGCUAUCAUACUUACUAUUGUUCUUCUUGUUAAUUUAAGAUGGAGAGAACCAUGGUGUACCUUUCCGUAAAAUGGAUAUCUUUUUUUUUUUCUCUCUCUUACUGUCUUUGUGUUGUCUCAGAUCCAGCUUCCGUUGUAUGUUUUCGAAACAAACCAUAUAUAUACCAUAUGACUUCAAUGAAAUAAAACACAACAAACACAAAAAGCACUAAAGAAAGAACGGUUCUCUCGCAUGUUUGACUGUAGCAGUGGUCUGUAACGCGAUGCAAAUGAUACAGUGCCCGUUAUCAGGUAUUACGUCUAGAAUCAGUACGUAUUUUGAAUGUUUUUGGUAUGUUUCUGGUUCUACUGCCAUUAUGAUUCCAAACACACAGAGUUUCUCUUGUUCUUCCCCCUCGAAACACUCUGUAUUUAUUAUUAUUAUUAGUUUAUUUAUAUAGGAUUAUCUCACACCUAAGUGGACUACAUAUAUUAUCUAAGGUUGAAAAGUCAUCCAUAUCAAAUAGGAGUUUUUUUUCAGUUUCUGAUCUUCAGAUCUCUCCAAGUCGUCCACAGCGAACCUGGUGUGUUUGGGGCCUUUAUUUGUUGGUUUAUCAGGAGACGCAUGUGUGGUGUGGUGUGGAGUGUGGAGCCCCCCAGGUCUUGUGCUGAGUGUGUGUGUGUGUGUGUGUGAGAUAGAGGUUGUACGUAUGGGCGUGUGAAUGCUUGGGGACAGUGCGCUGUAGCAGUCGGCUUCAGCCUGCGUCCAUUUUAGAAAGGUGUGUGUGUGGGGGGGGGGUGAGGCUAAAGAAAGGGACAAACAUUAAGUAUAAGAAACUGUAGAGAAAAUGUGUUUGCAAUGAAGCAAUGAAAUCGACACCAAUAAAACAUCUAGAACAUUUAAUACAA